AUGCUGGACCAGCCGUUCUCCCUGGAUGAGCUGACCAAGGCGCUCGACUCCUUAGAAAAGAAUAAAACUCCUGGAAGUGACGGCUUAACAGCCGAAUUGUAUUCGGCUCUGUGGGACUUGACUGGUUGGGACCUGCUGAAGCUGUACGACAGUACGCUUCUGAUAGAUACCAUGUACGAAUCCACACGGAAAGCGCACAGACUCAUGAGCAUCUGCGACUGGAUUGAACUGGCCUCGGGGGACAAGGUAAAUCAAGGCAAGAGCAUGUUCUUUGGGAAAUGGGCCGAUCGAUCCUUUAUCCCCUUCACUGUAAGGACAGAUUUCCGGAUGGUGCUGGGAAUAUGGUUCGGAGGGGCCGCGGCAUGCACAAAAUCUUGGGAGCAGCGCAUCGCCAAACUUGUGAGGGAGAAGCUGAUGAAAUAUUUGGCGUGGACAAUGAUCAGGAGAUCUUGCUUCCCGCUCUUAUUUCUUCAAGGCGUGGCAACAGAAGAAUGGGCAAUGACAACUACAGAUCGGAAGGCCAUCAGUGGUUCAUGUGUGGUUAUACCCUGUACCUUCGACUUUCCAUCCCACCCUUACAAGGCCGUGCAGGGAGCUUGGUUUAAAUACUGGUACUACUGGAAAUACACUGUUGCCUACAGCAAAGAUCCCAAUUAUAAGAUGUCCACCUUUGUUGGACGUACAGAUAUAAUUGGAGACUUGGAGGAGAAGGACUGCACCUUGAAGGUUAACAACCUCAGACCUGAAGACAGUGACAACUAUUACUUUUAUGUCGAUGUGGAGGGAUUCGAAGACCACACCUUUCAAACGCCAGUAAAACUAGAAGUUUUAGAUGCUCCUGACCAUCCCGAGAUGUUAUUCCCAAGGGUUUUGCAGGAAGGGACAUCGGCAUAUAUCAUCUGUAAAGCCCUCCACACCUGCCCUGAUAACCAUCCCAAACUGACUUGGAGUCAAUUGCCAUCCUCCUCAGUCAGUGACACCAGAGAGAGGGGGGGCAAGAUUACCGCAGUGCUGACCUUUAACCCUUCAUACACGCAUCACCGUCAAACUGUCCGCUGUACAUGUCACUACCCUCAAACCAACCACAAAGUGUCCAACUCAGUCACCUUGAGUGUGAUAUAUGCUCCUCAUGAUACAUCUGUCAGAAUGACAACAAGAAAAGGAAAGACUGUUUCUCUAAAUUGUUCCAGUGAUGGGAAUCCAGCAGUCCACAGAUUCAACUGGUUCAAGAUCUCCCAAGGAAAUGUCGCUGGUCUGAAAUUGUCUGGUCAAACUAUCACUGUUCCUUAUGCAUUGGAGGUGGAAAUCUCCUACUACUGUGUAGCAACAAACAGCCUGGCCAGCUCACAGUCUCUCCCCGUCCAAAUUCCCACAGAAUAUUCUUCUCGCAAUACGUCUGUCAGAAUGACAACAGGAAAAGGAAAGACUGUUUCUCUAAGUUGUUCCAGUGAUGGGAAUCCAGCAGUCCACAGAUUCAACUGGUUCAAGAUCUCCCAAGGAAACGUCACUGAUCUGAAAUUAUCUGGUCAAACUAUCACCGUUCCUUAUGGAUUUGAGGUGGAAGUCUCGUACUACUGUGUAGCAACAAACAGCCUGGGCAGCUCACAGUCUGUCCCCGUCCAAAUUCCCACAGAAUAUGGUGCUGUCAUAUUGCCAGAGUCCAGGUGCACCCGGUAUCAGACCAACAUCAUCUGCCUCUGUCUGGUGCAGAUAAACUCCACUGUUAACAUCACAUGGGCUGUUCCCAGUGGGAGCAUUGGAGAGAUGGGAUCGGACAGGAUCUACGAACAAUCAGUCACGACCGGUUCCCUGGUGACCAACACUCUCACCAUCAGAGGAGGCAAACUGUUAAAGUGGAUAAACUGUUCUGUAGCAGACGUUCAAGAGGGCAGGGCCUUACAGAGGCUAUUGGAAAUCCAGCCUGAUGGUAGGUCAGCAGGAAUGAGAUGGGAACUGAUACAGAAAUACAGAUUGAUAGCUGCAGGAAGCGCUGUCCUGCUCAUCAUCUUAUCAAUUCUAGUUUACUUCAUUGUCAAGACCAGAAAGAGAAGAGACAAGCCACAAGGAAAUGGAACCAAAAGAACAGAGAAGGCAGUCUCAGUCACAAAGUCGAAAACAAUGUCAAUGAGACCAGAUCAGAAGCAGGAGAUUUACGUUAAAGCAUUUUUCACACAAGCCAAAGUGAACCAGAGAAAAGAUGACCAGGGGCUAGAAAUGGAAUCUAACCCUCCCCUGAAUUCAUACCUAGAUAAAAUAUAUGUAAACUGCCAGUGGGAUCAGGAUCCUGUGUACGGAAAUAUAUAA